CCAAAACUAUACCAUAUCAACUAAAAGUAUACAAAGAAGAUGAAGCUACAACUGGCAGUUCUCCUCAUCUCUGUAUUGUUGGAGGGAUCUGUAGCACUGCCAGCUGUUAACCACUGCUUGACGAAGUUCGAAGAAUCACUCAAGGAGACUAUGGCUCUCAGAAGAAGCUGCGAGGAAGCUCACCUUAAAGACUGCUGUCAAAUUGCAGAAGCAUCCAAGAUAAUUGAUAAUGACAACUACACUCCAGGAUCGGGGAUCUACGAUAUCAGUAAUGUUUGUCAAAGUACAGCAGCCUUCACUCAAGACAUCUUCCCCCCUAUGAAAGCUCGGUGCAACAUGGAGAGUAGUGAUGGUGGAUGGACGGUGCUAGUGAAGAGGACACCAGACGUUGAUGAGAGAGUUUCAUUCAAAAGGCCUUGGGUGGAAUAUGAAAAUGGAUUCGGGAACCUGAGUGGCGAGUUCUGGUACGGACUAAAGAACAUGCACUGUCUUACGAGUCAAGAGCCAAUGGAGGUCGAAGUUGAAGUCAGCAAAACUGAUGGCACAAAACUAGUUCUUUCGUAUGGUAACUUUAAAGUGGAUGGACCUAGUACAAGCUACACACUGCAUGUGUCGGACAAACAUUAUGAAGGUUUUGAUUUCUCUCUACAUCAUAAUGGAGCUAAAUUCUCCACAUUUGAUCGAGAUAAUGACCAAAAUCCCGGUAGUUGUUCAGCAAUAUACAACAAAGGAGGAAACUGGUUUGGUAACUGCUACAACAUGCAUCUCACUGACAUGCCAAAACCGCAGCUUCAUAAUAGUGAACGCUUUCUUCCCUAUGACUACGCUGAGCUACGAGUGCGUCCCAAAGGUUGUAUAGCUCUCAGUGACAGUCCUGGUAAUUGUGAGUAAGAAAAAAGACUUUCGCAUCACAAUUUUGGAAGUAUUAUGUACAUACUUAUAGAUGAAAACAUGGUAUAGAUGACUAUAGAAAAUAGACUUUUAUAUAUUAGCUGUAAUUCAUUAGAAAAUCACAGGGUUCUGUUAUUAUA